CUGUCAGCAGAAUUGGGCGGCAGCUGGACAGAGAGGAUGCUGGGAUAUGUGAAGGCGAGUUCUCCCGUGUUUGUGCCGGAAACCUCCCAUGAGCUGCUCCACAGGAUGACUGGUAAAGGUCUGUCCGCCCAGUACCGCUUCACCCGCCAGCCCUGUAUCUAUGGCAACAGCAUGGUGUCCCUGCAGCUGACACUGAGCAACAACAGUGAGCAAGCCCUCGAGAACAUCCACAUCUCUGAGAAGAGUUCCAGCGGACAAAACAUCCAUCGCUUCAGCGCUAUCGAGCGUUUGGAGCCGCAGGCGUCAGUAACAGUGUCCAUGGGUGUGGACUUCAAUGACUCCACACAGGCUGCAAACUUCCAGCUAUGUACUAAAGAAGAUGAAUUCAGCGUGUCCAUCCAGCCUGCAGUAGGAGAGCUGCUACUGCCCAUCACAAUGAGUGAAGCAGACUUCACCAAAGAGCAGGGUAAACUGGUGGGCAUGAACGAGUCAUCGGCAACAAUUACAACAACGCCAGAGAACAUCUCCAGCCAAUCAGUAAACAGAAAUGUGGUGUCUGCCGCCAACCUAGGUGUGAUCCCAUCCAAUCAAGAGAACAUACACAGGUUUGCUGGUAAGACGGUGAGUUCUGGUUCUCUGGUCCUGGUGUCAGUCGCCCUGAAGGAUCCUGAUGCUCUGAUCACCGUUAACACAGAGAAAACCGUGAUCGCAUCUAUGCUUCUGAGACAGUUUAAAACGGCCCUGACAAACAUCACCCCCUAGAAGUGCUCACACUCACAAGCUCAGUGCCAUCAUUCAAAUAGAGCUCACUUUGGGUUAUAAUGACACUUGGGAUGGUUUUAUUGUCUUGAGAAGAUAUCCUGUCAGGCUAUGAGUGUGUAAAUCACAAAACAGAAAGACUUUAUAAUCUGUCCACAUUCUCUAUGCCCCAAAUAUGCUUGCAUUAGUCUCUGCUUUCAUGAAGAGUGCAUCAAUGUUCUCUGCUAAUAUGUAUUCGCAAAUUCUUUUCAAGCUCAAUACUGACUAUUUGGAGUAUUUUUUUUUUAUUGGGAAGAUUUAAUUUUGAGAAAAUCCCAGAUAACAUGAUGUCAGCAGUUUGUACCUUUUUUUCUGUGUGAUCAAAACAUGCAAAAUGUUCAGACAUGUGACGUGCCUUCCUUUAAAUGAUAAUUCCAGGAGCCCGACAGGCUCCCAGACCAGUUACAGUACAUUUACUCAUAAUUACAGUGAUUAAAAAAUGUAUGGAAACUGAGAAGUUUUGGUUAAUUUGUGUGAUGUUAGCUGUGACGUUAUUGUCAAAUGAUCACAAGACAUGAUGUCUGGUUUAAAUGAAGUUGAUAAAGUGGAUCUAGUCUUUCUUAACUGUA